AUCCUGGAGCAAAGUAGCUUUUAGGAGCAAAUGCGCAUGCGCGAGGCGACCAUGAAUUCCGCUUGACGUCUCAAGACAUCUGCAUCCAGCGACAGUCAUGGGGCUCUCACUAGAAUAGGCCGGUGAUCAGCUGUGUGGAGGAGGCGUUCAGUCAUAGCCUCCGUGAACCCCACUCGGUUUCCCAACAUGGCCGAAGAGGACUAUGGCACCUUUGUGGACUUCACCCAAAUGGGGGAUCUGGAGAAAAGCAGCGGGCCCACCAAGGUGGACUGCAAGGACCUGAGAGAGUUUAAGCAGAUGGCUCGCCAGGGUUACUGGGCCAAGAAUCACAAACUUCGGGCGCAGGUGUACCAGCAGCUGAUCAAAAGCAUCCCCUGCCGCACGGUGACACCGGACGCGGAAGUCUAUCGAGACCUCAUGGGAAGCGCGGCCGCCAAGAAGCCGUCCACCAAUAUCCCCCUGCCGGACUUUGUGGACGAGAACCCCGUGCCGCGUUACUGCCUGAAAGCAGACGCCGUCGGCUCCGCCCACCGCAUCAUCAACUGUCUGGCCGGUCAGUUUCCUGACAUUUCCCACUGCCCCUCCCUGCCGGCCGUCACUUCUUUGCUUCUGCACUUUAGCGCCGACGAGGCUCAGUGUUUCGAGCACGUGAGCCGCAUGCUGGCUUGCAACGAGCCGGGUAAGCGGCUCCUGGACCAGACCUUCCUGGCCUACGAGUCGGGCUGCAUGACUUUCGGGGACCUGGCCAACAAGUACUGCGCGCCGGCGCAUAAACUGAUCGUAGCCACGGCCCGGGAUGUUAUGGAGGUUUACUCGGACUGGCAGCGAUGGGUGCUGGGCGACUUGCCCUUCAGCCACAUAGUUCGCAUCCUGGACGUCUACCUGGUGGAGGGCUACAAGAUUCUCUACCGCGUGGCCAUAGCGGUACUCAAGUUCUACCGGAAACACAAGGCGGGAGCCGCCGCGGGGCCGGCAGACCAGCAGGAUUCCGGCAAAGUCAGGUCGGACAUUCAGGCCUUUGUCCAAGGAAUCGCUUCGGUGGUUACGCCCGAUAAGCUGCUAGAGAAGGCCUUCUCCAUCCGGCUGCUGAGCCGCAAGGAGAUCACCUUGCUGCAGCUCACCAAUGAGAAGUCCCUGCAGCAAAAAGGCAUCACUGUCAAGCAGAAGAGGAGGAACGUGCAGCUGGCGCUUAACCCGGACACCUUCUCCUCGGAGAUCGUCAGCGCUAAGGAGAUGCGUGACAUCUGGUCGUGGAUCCCCGAGCGCUUCGCCUUGUGCCAACCGCAGCUCCUUUUCACCACCUCCACCCACGGCUGCAGCCUUAACAGAUUUUACGAGCAUUGCGAAGGCUACGAACCCACGCUGCUCCUUAUCCGAACCACAGACGGCGAUGUGUGCGGAGCCUUCUUGUCUACCGACUGGGAAGAACGCAAGAGGGGAGGCAACAAGCUGAGCUUCUUUGGCACAGGGGAGUGCUUCGUCUUUAGGCUCAAGCCAGAGAUGGAGCGCUACGAGUGGGUGGUGAUCCGUCACCCGGAGUUAGCCUCCGCCGUUAAGAAUCAAGUUCACGACGACACGGAGCCCUCCGAGAGCCAAAACUCUGACGGCGAUAGUUUGCAGCAGCCAGAGAAGGCGCUCGGCGAGCUUUCGCCUUUCCUGUCCGCCCGCCACUUCAACCUCAACUCAAGGAACACGUCCAUGUUCAUGGCUGGGAACUUUGACUCCAUCAUUGUUGGUGGCGGCGAAGGCAACGCUCUCUACAUCGACUCGGAACUCAACCACGGGCGUACCGGCCGCUGCACGACGUUCGACAACCCGCCGCUGUGCGCCGAGAGCUUCCAGGUGGCCCUGCUGGAAGCGUGGGGCUUCCAGGACACCAUGGCAACAUAAUGCCACGCCCACCUUUCCGUAACAGUGAGCACUUCUUCUACUCUGCUCGCAAAUAAAAGCCACAACAGAGACUGGGGGGGAUUAGAGAAAGGCAUAAAAGCGUACGUCCAGAGAUUUUCCAAAUUCAACUUCAGCCGUCCUUCAUAAUAUCAAUCCAUGAUUGUAUUUGUCCAAAAUGUGAGAUUUUUUUUUUUUUUCGUGCUAUAUUUGUAUGCAUCUUGAGCGGAAGCAAUUAAAUUAGUGAAUUUAAAUGUCCGUUUGGUGUCGUGAUGUUUCCAAGAUUGUGGCAGUUCCCGAAAAAAAAUGGCCGUGUUAGUCGUGUUUCCUCUCAAAUAAUGUGCAACCAUGAAGUAUUUUGUAAAUGUGGGAUGAACGAGAUUCAAAUGUCAUAGUAAUGUGGAUUAGUAUGAGCAAUGUGCUUGUGAUGAGACUUGCCGUUUUGCACUGUUUAUUAUGCCAAAGCUGCCGAGAGACUGACAGCUAAGCAAGCCAUUUUUGUUUUUUUAAUAAAUGUCUAUUUGUUUUGAAAGCAAUGCUAACUAUCCUCCGUUUACCGUUUGGAUUUUCCGUCCUUGUGAAUCGAGGCCUGAAAUCGUCUCACUUCUGCAACCUUUUUGAUUUUUGAUAUGUGUGGAUAAAAUGUCUAUUAAAAUGUCACAGGUGAAUUCCAUGUCAUAAUACAGCACUUAAUCGAG